AUGACAACUACGACCACCAUCUACCAAGGCUUCGAUUCCGAUAGUUUUCGUCUUAGCCCUCCUGCUACGUCGAUCCAUACCACGCCUAGCACAGUGACUAUCCAGGCACUACCGAAGUCCGAUUACUGGAGGAACCCCGCGAGCCCAGGAGAAAAAGCCGACAAUAGACACACAGGGGCAUUCUACGCUGUCCCCGUCGAUGGAGACAAGUCGUUCGAGGCAGGAGUCUGGAUCCAGGGGAAAUGGGCUGCACAGUACGACCAGGGAUGCUUGAUGGUCGUUGCAGACGACAGCGAUGGGAAGGACUCCUCGUGGAUCAAAACAGGGGUAGAGGUGGACGACGGGAAAGAAUGGAUUGGGGGCGUCGUCGCAUCCCAUUGGUCUGAUUGGUCGAUUGCGCCUGCGCCCAAGAAUACGUCUCAACUCUCCGAGGAUCCCUACUGGCUUUUCAUCCGCAUCGUACGGCGUGGUCCAACGGUGCAGGUCUUCCGUUUGUAUUCCCGCGAACCAUUCAAAGUCGAGGACACGUCGCCGGACCUCGUCAUGAUUAGGGAGGUGAAAGGGUUUGAUCACCAUGCUGCGGCUUCGUCUCACGACCAGUGGCGAGUUGGGGUGAUGGUUUGCGGUCCAAAGAGUGAGGUUGGGACUGAGGCUACGUUCAAGGAUAUCUACGUCAAGUAUUUGUAA